GCUACGAGUCCGAAGUUGAUUAUGCCGUUGCCCGGGGCUUCACUGAAGUCGAGCUUGGGAACUUCCGCGCCAUCUUCGAGCACUUGGAUGUAGACAACUCCGGCCGAUUGGAAAUGAACGAGGUCCGGCAGUGCCUCAACAUAAUCCAGCACAAGGCCACCUGGCAGGCUUUUGAUGAUACCUGGCGCCUGCUGGAUAAGGAUGCAUCAGGCAGCCUGGACUUCCAUGAGUUCAUUGACUUCAUGAGGGCAAUGCGAGAUGGGGAAGGCAUCUUUGCACUCGACCGAGAGCAGAAGGUGCCUAACCUUGUUAGCAAGCUCGAUGACCGGACUUUGCGGUCCGUUCUUUCGCACUAUGGCUUGUCAAAAUCUUACCUCUGGGCCUUGGACCGAGCGCAAUUACUUCAGCGGUUCUGCGACUGCUUCCUCAUUAUGACCACUGACAAUCCUCAGGACGUGCUCAAGGUCACAACUGUUUCGGAUCUGUUGCAGCUGGCCAAGGAGAAAGGCGAGUCUUUGGACGCCGUGCGAUGGUAG